AUGGGCAGUGCUGUUACCAAGGAACAAGGACAUUUCCAAUUGGCACCAGUGUUUCAAUGGACCAGAGACAGUCCCUAUGGGCAGUGCUGUUACCAAGGAACAAGACCAUUUCCAAUUGGCACCAGUGUUUCCAAGGACAAGGGACAGUCCCUAUGGGCAGUGCUAUUGCCAAGGAACAAGGACAUUACCAAUUGGCACCAGUGUUUCCAUGGACCAGGGACAGUCCCUAUGGGCAGUGCUAUUGCCAAGGAACAAGGAUAUUUCCAAUUGGCACCAGUGUUUCUAUGGACCAGGGACAGUCCCUAUGGGCAGUGCUGUUACCAAGGAACAUGGACAAUUCCAGCAGUGUUUCCAAGGACCAAGUCCCCGGGUGAUAUAUCUACCCAGUCACCAGGUGAUGUACCUACACAGUCCCCAGGUGGUGUAUCUACCCAGUCUCCAGGUAAUGUAUCUACCCAGUCACCAGGUGAUGUAUCUACCCAGUCACCAGGUGAUGUAUCUACCCAGUCUCCAAGUGAUAUAUCUAACCAGUCACCAGGUGAUGUAUCUACCCAGUCCCCAGGUGGUGUAUCUACCAGGUCUACAGGUGAUGUAUCUACCCAGUCCCCAGGUGGUGUAUCUACCAGGUCUUCAGGUGAUGUACCUACCCAGUCACCAGGUGAUAUAUCUACCCAGUCACCAGGUGAUGUAUCUACCCAGUCCCCAGGUGGUGUAUCUACCAGGUCUACAGGUGAUGUAUCUACCCAGUCCCCAGGUGGUGUAUCUACCAGGUCUACAGGUGAUGUACCUACCCAGUCACCAGGUGAUAUAUCUACCCAGUCACCAGGUGAUGUAUCUACCCAGUCCCCAGGUGGUGUAUCUACCAGGUCUACAGGUGAUGUAUCUACCCAAUCUCUGGGUGAUGUACCUACCCAGUCCCCAGGUAAUGUACCUACCCAGUCCCCAGGUGAUGUAUCUACCCAGUCCCCACAUCAUGUAUCUACCCAGUCCCCAGGUAAUGUAUCUACCCAGUCACCAGGUGAUGUAUCUACCCAGUCACCAGGUGAUGUAUCUACCCAAUCUCUGGGUGAUGUACCUACCCAGUCCCCAGGUAAUGUAUCUACCCAGUCCCCAGGUGAUGUAUCUACCCAGUCCCCAGGUAAUGUAUCUACCCAGUCCCCAGGUAAUGUAUCAACCCUGUCCCCAGGUGGUAUAUCUACCCAGUCCCCAGGUGAUGUACCUACCCAGUCCCCAGGUGAUGUAUCUACCCAGUCACCAGGUGGUGUAUCUACCCAGUCCCCAGGUAAUGUAUCUACCCAGUCCCCAGGUGGUGUAUCUACCCAGUCCCCAGGUGGUGUAUCUACCCAGUCACCAGGUGAUGUAUCUACCCAGUCCCCAGGUGAUGUACCUACCCAGUCCCCAGGUGGUAUAUCUACCCAGUCUCCAGGUGAUGUAUCUACCCAGUCACCAGGUGGUGUAUCUACCCAGUCCCCAGGUGGUAUAUCUACCCAGUCCCCAGGUGAUGUAUCUACCCAGUCACCAGGUGGUGUAUCUACCCAGUCCCCAGGUAAUGUAUCUACCCAGUCCCCAGGUGGUGUAUCUACCCAGUCCCCAGGUGAUGUACCUACCCAGUCCCCAGGUGGUGUAUCUACCCAGUCCCCAGGUGGUAUAUCUACCCAGUCCCCAGGUGGUGUAUCUACCCAGUCCCCAGGUGGUGUAUCUACCCAGUCACCAGGUGGUGUAUCUACCCAGUCCCCAGGUGGUAUAUCUACCCAGUCCCCAGGUGAUGUACCUACCCAGUCCCCAGGUGAUGUAUCUACCAGGUCUCCAGGUGUUGUACCUAUCUAUUUCCUAGGUCCGAGUCAGAACAAAUUUUCAGUUAGGUAA